GGUGACCAAGCAUCGAUAGUUGGAGGAGCCAUCAAGUAUGUAAAGGAGCUAGAACAAAUCCUCCAAUCACUUGAAGCCCAAAAAGCCAUCCAAUCAAAACAAGCACAAAGCCAAUCCAUAUUCUCCAACUUCUUCAUCCUCCCACAGUACUCCCCCGCCGCCGCCACCUUUUCCGGUGGCCGAAUCCGAGCGGCGGUUGCUGACGUGGAAGUCACGAUGGCGGAAAGACAUGCCAACAUCAAAGUGCUAACAAAGGCCCAGCCUAGGCUUCUCUCCAAGAUGAUCACUGAAUUCUACUCUCUGGGCCUAACUGUACUUUGCCUCAAUCUCACCACUUCCCAGCACAUGGUCCUUUUCACUUUCAGUGUCAAGGUAGAAGAAACUGUUCAAGUGACUUGUGUUGAUGAUAUCGCAAGUGCAGUGCAUGAGCUUGUCCGAAGAAUUCAACGUGAAAAUUGAAUUCAAAACUUACAAUAUUUUUUGGAGUUAAAUAAUAUAUAUAUACUCAAUAUUAUUUACUAUAUUUGGAAAAUGAAAAGCUCGACGACGGUCAAUCAUGCACCUUUUCCAAAAUAAACU